UUUCGCCAAGGUCGCGGUUUGGUGCACUUCAAAGUCUUUCUGCGUGUGGCUUUAUAAUGCCAGAGGUUACUCAUCAAGAUAAUGAUAAAAAGACAAAGAAGGAACUUAGAAAAUUACAACGCGAUAUAGGUAAACCAAAGGUUCAAGAAGCAGAGGUUGAUCAGAAAACUGUGGUUAAGCUCCUUGGGGAAAAUGGGAUACUUGAUGCAACGGAUGCAUAUGGUGUUCUCCCAUUGUGUCAGUCACAGUUUACUGAAGGCCCCAAAUACACUGAACUGAGAGAAUUGUCAAAGGAGUCAAAUAUCAAUCAAAAUGUGUGGGUUCGUGGGCGUCUUCAUAGAAGUCGAAUGAAAGGAAAACUAUGUUUUUUUAUACUACGUUUACAAGACUACAGAGUUCAAAACGUGCUUUCUGUCGGGGAACGUACUCCGAAAGAAAUGUUGGCAUUCGUCUCCAGCAUUUCUAAGGAAUCGAUCGUCGAUGUUUUUGGGAGAGUUCUAAAAAGCCCUGUUCUCAUUGAGGGUUGCAAUCCAGAUACCAUUGAAAUCCAUUGUGAAAAAGUGUUUGUUGUAAGUGCUGCUCUUCCAACUUUACCUCUACAAAUUGAAGACGCAAUGAGACCUGAUGAUGACGAAACGACUUUGAGUCGAGUCAAUCAGGAUACUCGUUUGGAUAAUAGAUGCAUAGAUCUGAGGACUCCGGCCAAUCAAGCUAUUUAUCGGGUUGAAGCUGGUGUAGUCAAAUUUUUUAUGGAAUACCUUACUAAUGCUGGGUUUGUGAAUAUCCAUACUCCAAAAAUGAUUUCAGCAGCUUCCGAAGGUGGUGCAAAUGUUUUCAAAGUAUCCUACUUUUCUGGUAGUGCCUAUUUGGCCCAGUCACCUCAGCUAUAUAAACAAAUGGCCAUAGCGGCUGACUUUGAAAGGGUCUUUACCAUAGGCUCAGUUUUCCGUGCUGAAGAUUCUAACACACAUCGACAUCUUACAGAAUUUGUUGGUUUAGACAUAGAGAUGGCCUUCAAAAACCAUUACCAUGAGGUGGUCGAUCUUAUCGCAGAUAUGUUUGUUCAUGUGUUCAAAGGGUUGCAACGCGAAUAUCAAACUGAAAUCCAAACCAUAUGUCAACAAUAUCAUUCAGAACCUUUUGAAUUCCUUCAACCUACGUUACGCUUACAAUAUCGUGAUGCUAUUCGGAUGUUACAAGAUGCCGGUUGGGAAAUUGGAGAACUAGAUGAUUUAAAUACACCUGCUGAAAAGUUCCUUGGGAAAUUGAUCAAGGAAAAGUAUCAUACAGACUUUUAUAUUCUUGAUAAAUUCCCACUUGAUAUUCGCGCUUUCUAUACUAUGCCACAUCCUACUGAGAAGGGCUAUUCUAAUUCGUAUGAUUUUUUCAUGCGUGGGGAAGAAAUCAUGUCUGGGGCACAACGUAUUCAUGAUCCAGUCCUUUUAUCGGAACGUGCUACACACCAUAAAGUUGAUCUGGAAAAGAUUAAAGCGUACAUUGACGCUUUUCGUUAUGGCUGUCCACCCCAUGCCGGUGGAGGGAUUGGUCUUGAGCGAGUGACUAUGCUGUUCCUUGGGUUGGAUAAUAUCAGAAAAACAUCAAUGUUCCCACGUGAUCCAAAACGAUUGACUCCUUAAUUUAUUUUGAUAAAUCUUUAACAGAACUCGGUAGCAUUUUGUGUUUUGUUUCUAUUUCUUUGGGGGGGGGGUAAUUUAAGUAUUUUUUAAUUCAGUAAAAAGUUACUGGAACGCUUAGUAUUUUCGUUUGUUAUUUUGGUCAGCCUUUCCGUACGUUGCUCUCUUUUUUUGUUUUAAGACAUCGAAGAAACGUGUUCACCUAGUUUUUUAAGCAGCUUAUCUAAAUUUUGUUGAUCCGUAUUAAACGAUCCUUCAACUCUUAGUUUUUAUGUAACAUUCUAUACAUAAAAUGUGUAGACCAAGUGGUUUGGUCGUAAUGAUCUUCACUUUGGAGAGAAAUCGUAAUUCAGAAUUAAUUUUACAGUUAUAAAAGGAGGUUAUUAACAUUUCUCUAAAUAAUAUAUACUUGCACAUAAUUGUUUUUCGAUUUGUAAUAAUAAUUGUAAGUCAGUGAAUAUCGCUUUCACAUCAGCCCGAAUCCAAAUGGUUAU